AUGUCGGAACCAGCAUCGUCGCGGUUCACACCGCAGAAUAAGACGACCCAGGAGCGCCUAUCAACCAACACCGUUGGUCUCGUCGCGCUUUCUGACUUUCGCAAGCGUCGCGCUGAGGUACUUGAGCAGCAGGAGCGCGAGGCGCGUGACGCCAGCGCCACCGGUGCCUCAACACCUGUCGACCGCUCGCAGGCGGGCACGCCCGACAACAAUCCGGGCAGCGGCACUGGCAGCGACUCGGCGAGUGCAUCGGGGAGCCUGCGUCAGGUGAAGAAGGCCAAGAAGAAGCAAAAGGCCGGCAAGAAGCUCCUCUCGUUUGGCGACGAUGAUGAGGAGGAGAAUGGCAACGUCAGCGAAGCGACGACGGCAGCAAGCGGCUCUGAGCGCAACAAGGGCUCGAAGCCGGGUAAUGAGGGCGAUGGUGAUUUAAAACCCAAGAGCAGUGGCAAGAUCAAGGCCAACGCAUCCGUUGGGCCGGGCCUCAAAACGGUGACCAAAUCGGCGCUGCGCAGGGAGGCGGCCGAACGGGAGGCGCUGCGGCGCGAGUUCCUGACGAUGCAGGAGGCGGUCAAGGUGACCGAGAUUGCGAUCCCGUUCGUCUUCUACGACGGCGCCCACACGCCCGGCGGCGUCGUGCGCAUGAAGAAGGGCGACUUUGUCUGGGUGUUUCUCGACAAGAGCCGCAAGGUUGGCGCCGAGCUUGGCGUGGGCGAGCAGGCCAACGCGACACGUGCGUGGGCGCGCGUCGGCGUCGACGACUUGAUGAUUGUCCGAGGCACGGUCAUUAUUCCUCAUCAUUAUGACUUUCACUACUUCAUCAUCAACAAGAGUGUCGGGCCUGGCGGUAAGCGGCUGUUUGACUACAGCGGCGAGGCACCAGAAGCUGCCGCCCCGGAGCAACUGGCCGCGGGACUGAGCACCGCGGCCGAGAUCAAGGCGGCCAAAGGCCUGCCUGACAUUUCCACGCUGGAAGGCGCGGAUGAGGACCCCAUGGAGACCAAGGUGGUCGAUCGUCGUUGGUACGAGCGCAACAAGCACAUAUAUCCCGCCAGCACUUGGCAGGAAUUCGACCCUGAGAUGGACUAUGCGAAGCAGGUCCGAAAGGACGGCGGUGGCAACACAUUCUUCUAUUCGAAGUGA